UGUAAAUACAUGAUGUAGUAUCCUCUAAGACAGACAGGCAGUAACAGGAUCAAAUCACCACGGACAGUAAUACAAUGUUUUCAGUCAAUGUCUGACACGGAUGAGGAUUUUGUCAACAACAUCGUUGCAGAUAUGGGAUCCGGGACCUGUCAUGUAGGAUUCGCCGGCGAAGAUAGGCCGCGCUCUGUAUUCCCAACUAUUCUUGGACGCCCCAAACUGCGAGAGGUGUCGCCGGAAAUCGGUCUUUUUGUCGGAAAUGAAGCCCAGACAAGGCGAGAAGUCCUGGCUAUGACGUCUCCCAUUGACCGUGGUAUAGUCACAAACUGGGAGGACAUGGAACUUUUAUGGCAGUACAUCUUUACAAGUGUGUUACGGGUGUCUCCGGAAGAAUUCAAUGUUCUUAAUUCUGAAGUGUCUAAUGUGCCAGGUGCUUGUAGAGAAAUGAUGUUGCAGUUAUUAAUGGAAAAAUUUAACGUAUUAGGCUUCAAUGCCCAGAUGCAGGGUAUUUUAGCUGUCAUGGGAUAUGGACAUACCAACAGCCUCAUUCUGGAAUGUGGUGAUGGUGUCACACAAGCAUUUCCAGUCUAUGAGGGACACGCUUUCCCCGACACAAUAAAAAGUAUGGAGAUCGGCGGAAGAGAUGUAACAAUGUAUUUACAAAAACUAAUGUACGAAAAAGGAUAUUCUUUCACUACAUACUCUGAAAUUGAUACCAUUAGAAGGAUGAAGGAAGAUCACUGUUCUGUAUGGCCGGAUAGCAGUAUUCUGGUCACGGCGACAUCGUCGUCGACGGAGAUUGAUAAAUUUACAUUACCAGAUGGUCAGCAAAUAUCCAUUGGCGACGAGAAGUUUCAGGCCCCUGAAGUACUUUUUCGUCCAUCUUUACGAGGUAAUGACAUUGAUGAGGAAGGAGGAAUCCAAGAUUUGGUGCACGCCUCCAUUCAGGCUUGUGAAGCUGACUGCAGGUCAAAUCUCUAUUUCAAUAUACUUCUGUCCGGUGGAACGACAUUAUUGCCUGGUUUUAAAGAGCGUCUUUUGAAAGAACUCAGCAGCAAGACCACAGGUCGAGUCAAGGUGUGGGCGGAUCCAGCCCGUGGAGAAAUGGUGUGGAUUGGUGGAUCCAUUUACGCCUCCUUGUCCUCAUGCGAGACAAGAUGGAUCACCAGAAAUGACUAUCAUGAAUUUGGACCCAAUAUUAUUCAUCGAAAAUGUAAACUGGCAGCAUUCUAACUGUUUAAACUGUUGUUUUAUGUUGGCAGGAUUAAUUGAUAUAUGUUACAUUGGAAUGACUUUUGCAAAGAUAUGUUUAGUGUCAUAUGCAUCAUACUGCAGUGUAGUAUCUUUAAAUAUGCAUGUACUCUAUGUUUCUUCAACUUUAAUAACAUUUCAAAAUAUGUUACAGUAAAAUCCAUAUUUUA